AUGGGUACCAGAGAGAGCACCGUUUCCCAGAAGCCGCCCGAUAACCUGCACCUUCUACUUGAGGCAGAAGGAUACAGCCUGGUUCUUAAUACUGAGAAGAGCCUCGUGGAGACUCAUGGAGACUCGGCCGAAGAUAGCCAGUCUGCCGACUGUGUCUUACGCCUUGAAAUUCACGGCAUGGACAGCACUCCAGUGCUGCAUCUGAAGAUUGCAAAUUAUAAGCCUGCCAAAGACAAGGGCCUGUACGAAGAUGGCAUGGACCGGACUGCUGGAAUAGUCUUCUUCCUCUUCCAGCUCCCUGAGACCUACCCCGGAGGCAGGGCAGAACUGCUUCGCAUUGUUCGGGACCUAUGUGAUGAGACUCCUACUCUCGGGGUCACAAAGAUCGUUCCAGGGCGAGCGGCUUUCAAGAAAUUUAUCAAGCGAUCGCGAAAGCACCCCCAAAAGUGGGAAGAUCCUGUCUUUGUGAACAGUAUAAAAGUCGAUUGGAAACGGAAACGCCCGGGCUCCGAAAGACUCUACAUCCGUGUUGUGUUCCCAGGAGCGGAGGAGGGAACUAAUAUUAUUGUGCUUGACGAGAGCUCAGAACAGCUAAAAGCCGUCACUUCUGGCGAUCUAGUGAGGCCAAAAUUUCCAAGUGCACGCUCACCCUGUGAACGAAAGCUAAUGUACAGACGAUAG